CUGUAUCGUCCAGCUCUUAUGGGGAAGCCAGCGAGGCCAGAGGUCAGUGAUGACAUCCUAACCACAUUACCAUGGCAACAGGAAGAAAAGGCUCCACUUCCAAAGCUGCUGGGGUGCAUUUCCCUGACGAUAACGAGACUCCUGGCUCUCCAACCCGAAGAGAUGACCAAUCCAACAUCUCUACCCUCCUUGCUGUCCUACAGAAGGAUGGUCGCUACUUAGUCAAGGCUGGUUUCCUGAAGAGUCACCACUGUUAUGAGAUUGUCUUUACUGUACCAGAGGUUCCCACUCUGGGGAAACAACUCUCCUGUCUUCCUUCCUGCUCUCCGUCCCGGAAGCCCUGGAGCAUUCGGGUCCAACGAAUAAACUCCAGCCUGGAGGGAGAAGUGAAGGUAACAUGCGAGUACAGAACUCAUCAGGAGGGUGUGAUGCAGGAGGAAAUCACUCUGGUGACCAGAGGAAAAAGAGACAGCAGUGUGAAGAUCAGACUCCAGGCCAGAGUCAUUGAUCCACAUCAUGGGACUCCUAUGCUCCUGGAAGGAGUCAGAUGCCUGGCUGCUCAGAAAGAUGCUCACACAAAGCACUGCAGCGACCAGAAGAGGGUGUGAGGACACCACUGGACACGUGUCCUGGGAUUACAAACCUUCUUAUUUGAUUUGGAAAGAAUGGCUCUUUGAUGCUUUGCAUUUGUGGUAAAAUACUUCCUGAUUAAGAAGAAAUAAUGUAGAGUGACUAGUUUUCAUCAUAGUUUUGCUGAGUCAUGGGUUACUGGCGUUAGUCAGAAAAUAAAGGAAGUAAAAUGUUUAGGCCAGCAGCCGACAAUCCAGCUCAUUUCCAGUUUAGCCUUGAAGCCUCUGCUGUUGGCGGGACAAAGUGAACCAGCAUGAGCACAUGCUUGACCACAUUACACCUGUAAAUACGCACAAAAACAACACCAAGCCGCUGCCAGAAUAGAACAAGUCAGCAGCAGCAGCAGCAGCAGCAGCAGCAUAACAACCUGACCAGUAAAAUCUCACUAAGAUACAGUAUAGCAUUCCUUCUCAUUCAGUGCCAUCCAGAGCAGCAGGCUUGUUUCACGUCAGCGGUGGUUUUAUCUGUUGUUGUUCAUAGGAAAUCAUUCCUCUACUACUUAGAACGCUUCAAGAACCGAGCCUGCUGGCCUGUCAUGUUAGCUGAAUCAACAUAGACUAUGUAAAAGAAGUGGACUGACUAUGACUUUGGUGUUUUACUAAUUCAGUGAAGGAGAGGGGGGUAGAUCUGAGAGCCUGCAUUAUGUGCAUUCAUAAUGCUGUCGAUCACAGCUUAAGCCAUACCAUGAAGUAUAUACUGCUUGUCCUCUAUUCUCCUCUAAAUGGGACCAAGUUUCACAAAUGGAUUAUUAUGCUGUUUUGAAGACAUGUAAUACAUUUGGACAUAACAAUAGAGGGUCUGCAUUGACGUCACUUCCCCACUGGACCAGCCCCCUUACUCACACUGAGUGGCAAAACAUCAGCAAAAAUGGCUGCAACUAGUGGAAAAGACGGGAUAACAGCUGAUUAUCGCCUUAAAUUAAAUGCAGUUGGACUUGACAGUGACCCGUACAGUUACCCCAAGAA